AUGUUUGAUUUCGACGACGGCGCGUCCGAACGUGAAAAAUGCUUCACCACCGUCACUCAACUGCCUGCGUUCGUGGAUCCCAAGCAGAUCCCGAGCAAGAAAUCACCUUUCUCCACCAUUCUCAAUCACCCUCUGACACACACGGUUGAGGUCAUUCUUCCAGAGGCAGUCUAUACCAGCAUUCAGUCAUCAUUAGAUGCAAAAUUGACCAAGCCUCGAUAUGCUCGAGUAUUCAUGUCCCCCGCUGAUAUACUCGACGGUGAUUUCUUCAACACAUAUAUCAAAUCUGGAAAUGUCAUCAUGAUCUCUGAAGGCCGUUCAGGCUCGGAUAUCGUAUUCACCCUACGAGAAGGGAUCUGCAAAAUCGAAUUGGGGAAAGAAAUAUAUGAGCGCACAGGGCUGAACGGAAAGUCCAUCCGCAGUGGCGGCAGGAAACAUGAAAAGGAAAGAUUUUUGAUUGAACUGAACCUUCGACUACCCUCAAUGUUGCAUGGCAAAAAGGGCUUCGAGCGAAUUGUCUGGGCGUUCAAAAAUGUCCUAAACCAGUCUCUGACAUGGCUCUUCUGCGACCUGGAUCCUGCGAGCCAGGAUGAUGAAUCUAAGCCUAUUAAGGGUCUUCACCCACAGCUUCUUGAAUCAGCACCAGCCCAAGCUAAGCUCAAAGAUGUCCUGACUCCACCUCUGCAAGAAUUAGUAUCGAGCCAGAUGCCUGAGGCAGAAAUGCAAGAAAGAUGCGUCGAUCCGUAUCUCAGUCGCUACAGCGUACCGGAGUUUGAUAAAAACGAUACCGUUGAUCUGGUCAGCUUAAAAUGGCGGGGGUUCAUUUCAUCGGCUUGGACAAUGCAGCUUUUCUUGACUCUCAUGUCAUCUACUGCAAAGCUCACUUCGGUCGAGCCUUCCUCUUGGUUUGUGAUUUCGUCAUCGGCAUUGGACAGGCAGGCCGUUGAGGGAAGAGAUGGGUUUAGCAUCGCAGUUUCCCCAAAUAUAUUGUCGUCAACUACAGGGAUCGAUGCGAAGGCUGCGACAGAGGCAGAGGCAGAGACAGAGACUCAAGACCCUGAAGCCUCUGCGCUGAAUACUCGACAUGCCAUUUGCUGGGAGUUUGUGGGCGCUUCCGCCCUUCACAGCCCAUGA